AUGAAGAGAAGUGCGAGAUUAGUUAGUCAUAUAACUACUCCCAUUUUUUACCCAAACGCAAGGCCUCAUUUGGGCCAUUUGUACUCGAGUUUGCUCUGUGAUGUUCAACAUCGAUGGAAAUUGUUGAAGGGUGUUGACUCCUUACUGACCACAGGGACCGAUGAACAUGGAUUGAAGAUACAAUUGGCUAGUGAGAAGAACCAUUAUAAGAAUCCCAGAGAGUUUGUAGAUAAGUUAUACCCUGAGUUCAUAGGAUUGGAUAAAUUUUAUAACGUGAAGUUUACCAAAUUUAUACGUACAACGGACCCCUCUCACAUUGAGAACGUGUUGAAACUGUGGGAAUUAUGCAAUAAGAAUGGUUAUAUCUACAAGGGAGAACAUCAUGGAUGGUAUUCAAUCAGUGAUGAAACUUUCUACCCUGAAUCAAAAGUGAUUGUCGAUCCUAAGGACCCAACACGUCAUAUCAAUACAGAAUCAUUUAAUGAAGUAAUAUAUCAAUCUGAAACAAAUUAUUAUUUCAAAUUAUCAGCAUUCCAAGAUAAAAUAUUAAAGUAUAUAGAAACAGAACAUCCCGAGUUUGUUUAUCCCCCUUCGAAACGUGAUCAAUUGCUAAAAGAUUUGAGGGUAAAUCCUUUACAGGAUCUUUCAAUAUCAAGACCUGCAACGCGUUUGCAAUGGGGUAUUACUGUUCCAAAUGAUCCUGAACAAAAAAUAUAUGUGUGGUUUGAUGCUCUCUGUAACUAUGUUUCUGCUGUAGGUGGUAUCGAUACCACAAUACAGCCAGCAACCAUCCCAUCACCUCAUUGGACUCAGACUACCCAUUUAAUUGGCAAGGAUAUCACAAAGUUUCAUUGUUUAUACUGGCCCAGCUUCUUGAUGGCUUCCAACUUACCUCUACCGAAACGUGUCGUAAUACAUAAUCAUUGGAUUUCUAAUGGGAUGAAGAUGUCUAAGAGUCUGGGAAACGUUGUGGAUCCAAUCACGGUUGGGAAAAAGUAUGGUCCAGACAUUGUUAGAUGGUACCUUUUGGAAAAUUCCAAAAUCGAUACUGAUGGAGAUUUUAUUGAAGAUAAUGUCACUGGAUUGAGGCAAUUAUUUGUAUCUAAAUGGGGUAAUUUAAUUAAUAGAUGUUGUGGUCAAAAAUUUAAUAUCGCAAGAGCAGUAAAUACAUUCUCAAUGGAUCCAUAUGCCAGUAUAUCGAGUUUAUGGAAGGAUAAUGAUGAAGUUACUACUCAUAUCGAUAAUAUUUUUGAACAAUUGAAUAAACUUCCUGAAAAGAUGGAUGAUAAGAUAGAAAAAUUUGAUCAUUCAAACUUAUUGAGAGAAAUUUGGAAUUUAAUUAAUGAUGCAAAUUCUCUAAUCCAAGUAAGUAAACCAUGGGAAAACCCUCAGUUACAACAGGAUUCGAUAAUAUUUCUGUGUAUUGAAACAGCUCGUAUAUUAUCCAUAUUAACACAACCAAUCAUUCCAACAAUUUCCAAUAACUUUUUGGACCGUAUUGAUGUCAAACCAGAAAGUAGAACUUUGGAUUAUGUAAUUAUUGGUGCAGAUAACAGCUAUGCAGAUAAUGCUAACUCCUCUAAAAGGAACGUCCCAUUAGAAUAUGCACCAUCAGGGACUGAAUUCACUCACGACAUGUAA